CAAGGGUCGUAUGUUCUUGUGCACUGAUGAAAUAGAAAGCCGUGGAAACUAGGCUCUUCGUCUUUUGCCGGAAAGAGGCUGUAAAAGUGUUUUAAUACGAAGGCGAAGUUUCUCUUUAUUCAGAUUUGAAAACCUUAUUAUAGUGAUGCCGGGGCUCAGCUGUAGGUUCUACCAGCACCGGUUCCCAGAGGUGGAUGAUGUGGUGAUGGUCAAUGUACGCUCCAUUGCUGAGAUGGGCGCCUACGUCAGCCUGCUGGAGUACAACAACAUUGAGGGCAUGAUCCUCCUGAGUGAGCUGUCUCGCCGACGUAUCCGCUCCAUAAACAAGCUCAUCCGCAUCGGCCGAAAUGAGUGUGUAGUUGUUAUCCGAGUGGAUAAGGAGAAGGGUUACAUUGACUUAUCAAAAAGACGAGUGUCACCCGAAGAAGCAAUUAAGUGUGAAGACAAAUUCACCAAAUCCAAAACUGUUUACAGCAUCCUAAGGCAUGUGGCAGAGGUGCUGGAAUACAGUAAAGACGAGCAGCUGGAGAGUCUGUUUCAGCGCACUGCCUGGGUCUUCGAUGAGAAGUACAAACGUCCAGGAUAUGGGGCCUAUGAUGUCUUCAAGCAGGCAGUUUCGGAUCCAUCCAUUCUUGAUGGCCUUGAACUGACAGAGGAGGAGAGGAAUGUCCUUAUUGACAACAUCAACAGACGGCUCACACCACAGGCUGUUAAGAUCAGAGCAGACAUCGAGGUGGCUUGCUAUGGCUACGAGGGAAUUGAUGCUGUAAAGGAUGCCCUGAGGGCAGGGUUGAACUGCUCCACAGAGGCCAUGCCAAUCAAGAUCAAUCUAAUUGCACCACCGCGCUAUGUAAUGACCACCACCACACUGGAGCGUACUGAAGGCCUCUCCGUGCUCCACCAGGCCAUGGCUGCCAUAAAGGAAAAGAUUGAGGAGAAGAGAGGAGUCUUCAAUGUUCAGAUGGAGCCAAAAGUGGUGACGGACACGGAUGAGACAGAGCUAGCAAGGCAGCUCGAGCGACUCGAACGUGAGAAUGCGGAGGUGGAUGGGGACGAUGACACGGAGGAGAUGGAGGCGAAGACGGAAGACUAGUGACCAGACCAAAGCAAGGAUGGGGAGAGGGAGUGAGAGACAGACAGAUCUGGCCACAUCAACACAGCCUGACAAACAAAAUAGUCUCAAACCAUACACAAGCAGACUUAAUAUUUCACACACCAGCAGGGCAAAAGGCAAGUUGCUUUGAACAGACAACAAGCAACUCAGAAACAAGUUUGUACAUGAGGCAAGUUUUUGAAUGAUAUGACUGAAAGCAUCGGGGAGAGAGAACUU